ACCGUCGUUGGGCAUGUCAUUGGCGAACCAGUGUCCGGCGUGCGCUGCAUGCACUCGGAUACGUUAGUCUAGGGUCUCAAUGAGGGUGUACUUCUUCAAGCUUUAAGCUUCAUCGCUCCAUCGCUGGCCAAGGUAUUCUGGGCGGCAGGAAGGAGAUCUUUUGUGAAGGCGCACUUCUGGCUUCUCGUGGCGUCCGUGCUGUCGUACACACCCGCGAGCUAACAGCCCCCGUGCACACUGAGGUCAUUUUCCAUGAUACAAUUCGGCAUGGGCGGCACAAUGCUCAAUGACGAGACUGCCCUCAAGACGGCGCGGGAGAGCGGGGUGACGAAGGCGGAUCGUCCCAGGCAUGCUUGCAAGGACGCGGCCCGUCUCACCAAUCUUAACGAGAGUGCUAUGUCAGCUCGAAAAGAGGCAGAGUGUGGUAGAGUUUGCAGCUGCGGAGUGUCCAAGUAUAAUGUUUGAUUCUACAAUGACAAAUUAGAUCGUG